UCACAUGCAAGCCGUCAAAUUUAUCAAUAACAUAACCAAAUAAUAUUUUUUAUUUAAAUUAUUUGAUUAAAGUUACAUAAAAAUGUCCAAGAUAUCAAACUUAAUUAAUUUCAUAGCCAAACGAAGCAUCAGUUGCACAGCACCACUUGAAGGUAAAAGAAAUUUUCGAAAAUUUCCAAUUCCUAACAAGAGGGGAAGUCGUCUGCACAGAGAACGACAGAGUGGCCCAAACCCUGAACUAGAGGUCGACAAACGUGGCGUGAGAGACAUAGGGUACUACUUGAAUGGCCGUUUCGUCAAGGUACCUGAGCUGAUCCCCGAACUGAUUGUGCCCGACCUCAAAGACUGCCAUCUUAAACCGUAUGUAACUUACAAGGUUACUGAUGUUACCCAAAGCGAAUUCACGCCACAACAACUAUUCGACGCUGUUUAUAGCAAAAAGAUCGUGACAGACUUCAAGCAAGGGAAGUUAGACGAGAAUGGUGAGGCUCUUGAACCCUCCGAGGAAGAGAAACUGCAACCCGCUGAUGCCGUGGCUCGGGCGAAACGAACGGGCUCCGACAUAUUUUAACUGUUAGUGAAAUAUGAAACUGUUAGUGUAUUUAAUAGAUAAGGAUUUUGAAUUAAUAAAGUAGUUCUGUUUA